GCAAUAGCUCGUGUGGGCUUGAGCGCAAACUGUAAACGCGAGACAUCAAAGCAACGGACAACGCAUCGUGGUUCUACGAGAAAAGAUCUCUGUUGGUACAAGCUGGAAUGUGUAUGUAAGUUUUUCCCUGGAAGACACUCGACCAUAUGUUCUAAGAGCUGGAUUUUGAAUUCCGUGUCAAUUUCAUCUGACCACUAAUCCCUCUGACAGCUCACUAAAGUGCCUUCUGCAUACUGCUGCUGUCAUGGCUUCCACACCUCCUCCUCUCAUGAAGAAACACAGUCAGACUGAUCUUGUGAGUCGCCUCAAGUCCCGCAAGGUCCUGGGUGUCGGUGGAGAGGAUGACGAUGGGGAAGUGCACAGGUCAAAGAUCAGUCAGAUGUUGGGUAAUGAGAUGAAGUUUGCUGUACGUGAGCCUUUUGGCCUUCGGCUUUGGCUCCUCAUCUCUGCCGUGCUGUUUACAUCUACAUCUCUAAUGGCCCUGGCGUUUCCCAACCAACUUUAUGAGAUUAUAUUUGAGCUCACCACCACCAGAAUCUCCAUCAGACUUUAUGGAGGAUCUCUGCUGUGUAUUUCGUUAAUACUGUGGAAUGGUUUGUACACAGCAGAAAAGGUCAUCAUUCAGUGGACGCUCCUCACAGAAGCAUGUUACUUCGGGGUACAAUUUCUAGUGACAUCCAUCACCCUGUUGGAGAUGGGAACUCUGUCCAACAGUGCAGUUGUGCUGCUUCUUGGUGAAUCCUUCUUCUUCCUCAUCACCUUGAAUUACUAUCAUCACCUCGGCCGUCGCACCAAAAAGAUCUGAGUGAGGUUGAUGACUUCAGUGAUCAGACAGAAUCUUAUGUUAGAUGGGUGGUUUGGCAGGCACCACAGAGGUCUUUGAAUACAGUAGCUUCACUUCCAGGACCAAAUGAAUUUAUACUUCACUCUUUCUAUGUGGACAGUUUCAGUUUGAUGUAAGUACAAUCUCAGUGUAUAGACGACGACAUUAACAAACAGCUUUUGUGUCCUAAACUUAACUUCCAGUAGAUUUCCACAAAGAAUCAACGACAAUAGAGUCCCUAUAGUGUAGAUUUUUUUCUGAUAACAAGCGAAAUAAAUUAAAUUAGUUCAAAUCAUAGCCAAAGCGUAUAAGCUACUACACUGAGCAAUGUUACUGUAUAAAAUUAAUGUGUACAAUGUAACUACAGAUUCUUGCAUUGCUGCCAAAUUGAUUCAUACUCUCAUGAUCGGUGCUCGAAUCUCCCCUCAUCUUUAGGAAGCCAAAGCUUUUUUAUUUUCGACAAACCAUUUGCUCCAAAGGUCAGUUUAGCCAUCUGACAGAUCGAUAAACAAACACAGACCGGAAGUUAACUUCGGAGCGAGGCGCAACACGUGCAUCUGAGGAAUUAAAUGUGAAGGGACCAUUGAUUUUAGAUGUUCACCAAAGUGGCUAAUUUAAUGCAAAUCACUGACAAAUUUCUGAGACUGUACAGUAUAGUGUGAUUUAAAAGACACAUAUUAAUGACAUAUUCAUGUACAGUUGUGUUCUAAAAAAUAGCAGUAUACUAAUAAAAGCGAAAAAAAGUGCAGUAUUGUUAUAAAUACAUUUUAUUUCCUCAUUUCAAAUGUAUUGAAAACAUUACAAAUUCAAUUCCAAAUCAAAGCAUGAACAAAAUUUACAAGUCUAUCUUGUUCUUUUAAAGGAAAGCAAUGAAAACUUAAAUAUUUUAUUAAUAAUUAAAUAAGUUGCAGUGUCAACAUUUUUCUGUGUAGACACUUAAAACUAAAGAAAUGUCUUAAGAUUACAUUUUUACUUUUAACUACUGAAUUACUUAUAUUUAGUUGCAUAACCAUUGUUGUUGAUAACUGCUGCACAUUUGUGACUAAUCGAGUCAACCAACGUAUACCACCUAAGAACACAAUGUCAAUUUUUAGGUUUUGCUUCAAAAACUGCAUUUUUAAGUUUUCAAUGUUUUAGAAUUCAGGGGAUUGAGCUGGCAACUCCAUAACCUCAAUCUUUUCUGUCUAGAACCAAGAAUUUGGUUCUUGCUUGUGUGUUGGGGUUGUUGUUUUGUUGAAACACCCAUUUUAGGGGCAUUUCCUCUUUUGCAAAGGGCAACAUAAUCACAAAGUAUUCUGAUUUAUUAAAGGUGACAUAGAAUGAUUGAACGGGGUAUUUAUCCUUGUUCUGUGAUGUGACAUGUAGACAAAUUGUUUUGUUUGGGUCUGUAUUGCCUUAGAAGCUUCCUAAAAACCUCUCUCAGAUAGCUCUAUUAGUGUGGGGGAUUUUAAACAAGUGGUUUUGGGCCUAUUUGGCUCCCCCUACUGGCUUAACUUGCAAUCUCAUUACUGAUUGGCUGACUUUGCUGCCACUCAAAAAAUGUAGCCAAUUAUUUUAAAGUGGAGGGGCAGUUAGAUGCCUGUGAUGUCAUAAGCAUCAGUUUUUCUGGCUGACAUUUCUAAAAGAGGAAUUUCUAUGAGACUGAGAUGUUUAGCAUGUUUAGCACUUUUUGUAUGUUCGUGAAUGCCGGUAGACUACCAUUAUUCAACAAAGACAAGAUAAAAAUGGUUUUCCAUUCUCUGUCCCCUUUAAAACUGAUCCAUGUUCCCUUGUAUACUGUACGAUAAAUAGGCCAAAUAUGGUAUGAAAAACAUCCUAAUACCAUGAUUUUUGCAUCACCAUGCUUAACUGUCUAUACAGUGUAAUGUGGCUUGAAUUCAGUACCCGGGGGGUUCCCUGAGGUUCUGUCGAUAACCACUAGACCCCAAAAGAACAAUUUAACUCUCAUCAGGCCACAAAACAUUACACCAUUUUUCUUUAGGCCAGUUUAUGUGUUGAUAUGAUUUUGCACAUUCCUUUUUUCAACAAUGGUGCUUUUGGGGGGCUUCUUGCAAACAGAUUAGCUUCAGUAAGAUGUCUUCUGACUGUCACGGUACUUGCAGAGCAUUUUAGAUCAUCUUUGACCUUUCUAGUGGUGAUGAAAUGCUGAAUAUUUGCCAUCCUGAUUAUUCAUCAAUCUGUAUUAACCGUAGUUGCUUGUUUUCUUCGAUGCGCUUUGGGUUUUGUUACCAUUUCAAAGCAUUUGUAAUCAUUUUAGCUGGGCAUCCUAAACGUUGCUGCAUUUCUGUAUGCAUUUUCCCCUCUUAAAUCUACUUUUUAAUCAAAUUGCAUUGUUCAUCUGAGCAAUGAUGGAACGGUCCAUUUUACUUAGAAAUAAAGCCUCAGACAUAUUUUGUAUAACAGUUGGCGAAACAUUUGCUUCCUCUCUUUCUUAAUAAAGGACCAAGAUAAUCACUUUUCAAACUAAUUUUUGAAUUAAACUUCACACUGCUAUUAUUUUGAUCACAUCACUUUUAAUAAAUGAGUCUAUAACUCAGAACAAGUAGUGUGGAUAUCAUUACCAAUGCGUCUAUUGUUUUUCUACUACACUACUGAAUCUGUAAGUAAAUAAUUUGCAAUGCAGAAAUAUUACUAUUACUAAUAACAGUGGUUUAUUAGGAUAAUAAUGUUGCACUGCUAUUUUUUAAAACAACUGUAUGUCUGAAAUGUAUUUAAUAAUUUUGGGUAGGUGACUGUUUACAUCAUUUUUAGAAAGAGUUUGAUGAACUUAUAUGGUAUUAUAAUUUAUGUUAAGAAAUUAUGAUUGUCUUUAUUUAUAGCAGACACACAAAUGGCACUGCACAGUAACAAUAUAGAACAGCAACCAGUAAGACAAAACAGUAAUAGAUGUAAAGUGUAGCAUAUACAUAACAUGUUCAAAUGUAAAAUAUAGGAUAUACCAAAAAUCGAUUGAAAUGCAGAAUUAAUAAAUAGACACAGUUUAGGUUGUUACUUCUGAAAUUCCAGUUAUAAAGAUAAUAAAGAUAAAAAAGACAUAAUUAGGAUUUUGCUGUUUUUUAAGUUAGGCACACAUCAGUGUUUGUUGUGACAUUGUAUGUAUGUAGUAUUUAAAUGAUAAAUAUCAAUUUUAAAGGUUAUAUCUGAAUCUGUACCUUGUUAAACAAAGUUUUGUACUGUACUUUCAAGUAAUUUAUUGUGUCUAAAAAUUCAAGUUCUGUAUGGAUUUAAACCAUGAAAUUCUACCCCUACAAUACCGUUUCAGGCAAAAAUGAUCUCAGUGUUUUUAUGAUAAUUAAUAUGCAUGUUAAUGACAGUUGUCUUAUUAUAACUUUAGCUGUAUUUAUUAAAGGAAUAGUUCACUUCAAAUUGAAAAUCUGUCAUCAUUCACAUUCAUCCUCAUUUCUAAAAAAACAACAACAUUGUAAAAGUAGUGCAUAUGACCUGUGGGAUUUAUUUCAAGACCUCUGAAGCCAGUUGUUAUAAUAAUGUAUAUUCACUCAUAGUGACAAAUCUCAGUCUUUACCAAAUGUGACAGAAUUUUCAUUUUUGGGUGAGCUUUUCGUUUUACAGCUGUCAUUUAUGCACAACAAUCAAAUAGAUUUCUAAUCUAUACUGUAUGUCGCAGGAUGUAGAUUAUGUCUAUAGUAAUUAUUGCAUGAAGACAGUAGCUCUAAAAUGUAGCACUUUCAUAAAUAUAUAAACUGUCAUUGAAUGAGAUGGUUAUUUGGGGGAAUUCUGUUCAACUGUGUUAAUUUAAAAAGUGUUAGUUAAGUAUGUUGAACUUCACCAUGAAAUAGCUCUAUAGUUACCUAUAUCUAUAGUUAACUUUUUUUAUAUGCACACCAUGUCUGAGCUCAAAUCUGCUAUUGCUAGUUAUAGAUUACUAAUUUUUUAUACUUAUUAAUAUUAAUGUAAAGUAAAUUAAUUUUGCUAAUGUCAUGCUGAAUAGUAUAUGCUUCCAUUUCUGAACUGUCAUUUGAAAAGACAGAUAGAUAGAUUGUUGUUAGAUCCCAGCCACUGCUGUAAGUGAGGGAUGCUGGUAGUGCUACAAAUUUUAUCAAAAUAACACUUCAAUCCAGUAAAACAAAAAUGGUGUUGUAUCACUGGAAAAAGACUGGACCUCAUAAAUAUUUGUUAUAAUAAUUCCAAAUAUUUUGUUUAUUGGAGACCAUAAAACAAACAAUAUGCACUUAGACAGUACAGUGCAUAUAGUAUGUUUAUGCUCUGAUUUGCUCAUUUCAGCAGUUUAUUUAUUGUGCUUUAGAAAGAAAGUACUAUUUGUUUCUAUUACACAUCUGUGUUUUUUAAUAUAUCAGCUGUUUAGUAUUAUUCAGUUGAUUAGCAAGACAACGGACCGUGAUUUCAUACUGACGUUAAAGCACAGUUUAUACACAUGACCUGUUAUAUUUUGCUUUGUAAAUAUUUGAUUUUUGAAUUUGUUUUAUUUUGAAGAAAGAUGAUCGUAAUGCCAGUUGCUGAAUCUUUUAGGCUUCAUUAAAAGUUUUUUUAUGUUUAAGAAACUGUACACACAUGUAUGAAAUGCCUCUUGUUUACUUUUUGUAGAGAAACGUUGAUUGUGCUUAAUGAAUAAAUCUAUAAAGUUUUUCAAAUGGA